AUGAGCAGCCUGAGGUGGGAGAACCAGAGCAGCGUGUCUGAGUUCCUCCUCCUGGGGCUCCCCAUCCGUCCAGAGAAAAGGAGCCUGUGUUUUGCCCUUUUCCUGGGCAUGUACCUGACCACGGUGCUGGGGAACCUGCUCAUCAUCCUGCUCAUCAGGCUGGACUCGCGCCUCCACACCCCCAUGUACUUCUUCCUCAGCCACUUGGCCUUCACUGACGUCUCCUUCUCAUCUGUCACUGUCCCUAAGAUGCUGUCCAACAUGCACACUAAUCACAAGUCCAUCCCCUAUGCUGGAUGCAUAGUUCAGAUGUACUUUUUCAUAGUGUUUUUUUGUCUUGACAGUCUCCUUCUUGCAGUGAUGGCCUAUGACAGGUACGUGGCCAUCUGUCAGCCCCUCCACUACACCACCAUUAUGAGGCAGGAGCUGUGUGUUUCCCUAGUAGCUGGGUCCUGGCUCUUCUGCUGUCUCCAUUCUCUGUUGCACACUCUGCUCUUGGCCUGACUCAUGAGGUGGGAGAACCAGAGCAGUGUGUCCGAGUUCCUCCUCCUGGGGCUCCCCAUCCGUCCAGAGCAGCAGGGCCUGUUCUUCGCCCUGUUCCUGGGCAUGUACCUGACCACGGUGCUGGGGAACCUGCUCAUCAUCCUGCUCAUCAGGCUGGACUCGCGCCUCCACACCCCCAUGUACUUCUUCCUCAGCCACUUGGCCUUCAAUGAUGUGUCCUUCUCAACUGUCACUGUCCCUAAGAUGCUGUGGAACAUGCAGACUCAGGACUUGUCAAUCUCCUAUCCAGGGUGUAUCUCACAGAUGUAUUUUUAUUUGGUUUGUGGUUGUUUGGAUAACCUGCUUCUCACGGUGAUGGCCUAUGACAGGUAUGUGGCCAUCUGUCACCCCCUCCACUACACCAUCAUGAUGAGGGAGGAGCUGUGCCUGCUGCUGGUGGCGGGCUCCUGGGUCAUCUCCUGUGGCAGUGCCUUGUCCCACACUGUUCUCCUGACUGAGCUGUCCUUCUGUGCUGACAACAUCAUCCCCCACUUUUUCUGUAGUCUCCCCAUCCUGGUCAAGCUGUCCUGCUCAAACACCUCUGUCAAUGACUUGGUUAUAUUCAUUUCUGGGGCUGUGUUUGUCAUCAUUCCAUUGAGUGGCAUCCUGGUCUCUUAUGGCUGCAUUGGGGCUUCCAUCCUGAGGGUCCCCUCUACCAAAGGCAUCACCAAAGUCUUCUCCACCUGUGGCUCCCAUCUCUCUGUGGUGUUUCUCUUUUAUGGAACAAUUAUGAUUGAGUUCUUUUCCCCUUCAUCAAGCAACUCCAAUGACAAAGACAUGAUUGCUUCCCUGAUGUACACAGUGGUGACCCCCAUGCUGAACCCCUUCAUCUACAGCCUAAGGAACAGAGACAUCAAACUGGCUAUGAGGGUCCUUUGCAGAAAAGAUGUCCUUUUUUCCCAGUGA